AUGACGCCGAAACGCAAGCCCAAGCCCCCACCGCCGCUCCGCUUCCACAACAUGCCCCUGGCCUCGCAAGGCUUCCCGGGCACGUCCCUAACCUCGCGCCCACCCCUCCUGCGCCUGCCCCCCGAGCUCCGCCAGCAAAUCUUCCGCUACCUGCUCCCCGGCCCGCAAGAAACCUUCCGCUUCUAUCUAGACAGCGGCAGCAGCUCCAUCAGCCCGAAAUGCCACCUGCACCACCUCAGCCGCCACAGCCCGCAGUGUUCCGACCGCACCACCCCGCCCUACCUCCACCUCCCCCGCCGCCCCGCCCGCACGCUCUCCGUCCUGCGGCUCAACAAACAGAUCUAUGGAGAGGCGCUUGCCGUGCUGUAUUCGGAGAAUCUGUUCCACUUUGUCGGCUUCAACUAUCUGCCUGUGCUGGACUUUGUGCGGCACUUGAGCCCGGAGGCGAGGGGCGCGGUUAGGAAGGUUAGGCUUACGCUGCUCAGGGAGAAGGGGAGCAGGCGGGAUGAGAAGUGGGAGAUUCUUUGUAGGGUGCUGCAUGGGGAGUUGCCGGGGCUGAACACUCUGGUUGUUGAUCCUGAGACGUGGAUCUAG